UGUUAUUCUGAUGCCCACUGAGCUCAUAUGUUCAAAGUGAUGAUCUGCACAGUUAAUACAAUACUAUACAUUAUGUGCUAUGCAGAGGUUGCUACUAUUGAGGACACAUCCAGGGAGCUUUCUGUUGGUGAGCUGCUGGAGAGAGCCAACAGAGACCGCGUUCCUGACUUUGAUGAGCCCCCACUGAUCGGAGGAGACAUUGCCAUCAGUUCAGAUGCUGACAGAAACGCUGACCCCUGCACCUCGUCAUGGUGCUUGUGGCUAAAGAAUGCUGAUGGAAAUGUCUACAUCCCCUACUACAUCCAGAACCACUACUCUUCCAGGGAAGUAGCCAUCAUUGUUCGUGGACUGGAGUCUUUCUCUGCAGUUUCCUGCAUCCGUUUCAGACCCUACCAGAAUGGCGAUCAUGAAUGGCUGAGCAUCGAGUCCAGGAAUGGCUGCUACUCCUACGUGGGUCGUCAGAAUAAUGGUGCUCAGACAGUGUCUCUGAGCCGUCAAGGCUGUCUGUACCAUAGCACCGUCCAGCAUGAGCUGCUCCAUGCCCUCGGCUUCAACCAUGAACAGACCCGCUCCGACAGGGACAACUACAUCUGGGUUUACUGGGAGAACAUCAUUGACGAUAUGAAGUACAACUUCAAUAUUAUUAAUACUCUGAACCAGGGAACUCCUUAUGACUACAACUCUGUCAUGCAAUAUGAGAAGUAUGCCUUCUCCAAGAACAACCUUCCCACCAUGUUACCCAUUCCUAACAGCAAUGUACCUUUUGGCCAGGCCACCCAAAUGAGCCAGAACGACAUUAUUAGGUUGAACAGACUCUACAACUGCUAAAGAGCACCUGUGACCUUCGAUCUGUCCCCCCAAUGGCUUCACAGCAUGUCCAGGAAGGAUAUGUAGAUUUCAUGCAGGUGGCAUUUUGAGUUGCAGACCUUAUUAAAGCAUUAAAAGCUGA